CUGCCGAUCCGUGGCGGGAACUGGGGCGACUUCGGGGAUCGCGGCCUCUGUUGAAGUAACCAUGCAGGCAUUUCUAAAAGGCACAUCUACCACGACUAAACCACCAUUGACAAAAGAUCGAGGAGUACCUGCUACUGCAGGAAGCAGUGGGGAGAACAAGAAAGCCAAACCUGUUCCGUGGGUGGAAAAAUAUCGCCCAAAAUGUGUGGAUGAAGUUGCUUUCCAGGAAGAAGUGGUUGCAGUACUGAAAAAAUCUUUAGAAGGAGCCGAUCUCCCUAAUCUCUUGUUUUAUGGACCACCUGGAACUGGAAAAACAUCCACCAUUUUGGCAGCAGCUAGAGAGCUCUUUGGGCCUGAACUUUUUCGAUUAAGAGUUCUUGAGUUAAAUGCAUCUGAUGAACGUGGAAUACAAGUAGUUCGAGAGAAAGUGAAAAAUUUUGCUCAGCUCACUGUGUCAGGAAGUCGUACUGAUGGCAAGCCAUGUCCUCCUUUUAAGAUUGUGAUUCUGGACGAAGCAGAUUCUAUGACCUCAGCUGCUCAGGCAGCUUUAAGACGAACCAUGGAGAAAGAGUCUAAAACCACCAGAUUCUGUCUCAUCUGUAACUAUGUCAGUCGAAUAAUUGAACCCCUGACCUCUAGAUGUUCAAAAUUCCGUUUCAAGCCUCUGUCAGAUAAAAUUCAACAGCAGCGGUUACUAGACAUUGCUGAGAAGGAAAAUGUCAAAAUUAGCAAUGAGGGAAUAGCUUAUCUUGUUAAAGUGUCAGAAGGAGACCUAAGAAAAGCCAUUACAUUUCUUCAAAGUGCUACUCGAUUAACAGGUGGAAAAGAGGUCACAGAGCAAGUGAUCACAGACAUUGCUGGGGUAGUAUCAGCUAAGACAAUUAAUGACAUAUUUGCUGCAUGUCAGAGUGGCUCUUUCGACAAACUAGAAGCUGUGGUAAAGGACCUAAUAGAUGAGGGUCAUGCAGCAACUCAGCUUGUAAGUCAACUUCAUGAUGCAGUGGUAGAAAAUGACCUUUCUGAUAAACAGAAGUCCAUCAUUACAGAAAAACUUGCUGAAGUUGAUAAAUGCCUAGCAGAUGGUGCGGAUGAAUACCUGCAAUUGAUCAGUCUUUGUGCAACUGUGAUGCAGCAGUUAACUCAGAAUUGUUAAAUGUUAUCUUUGUAAAUAUGGGUUUAUAAUAAAAACCGAAGCACCUUUAAA